AUGCGAAAAGUCACCGAGUCGCGAGGAAACUCGCGGUUCGGAUCCAUCGUGUACAAGACGCAAGAGGGUCUCGAAGCUCCCUUGCUGGGCGAUAAAGCGGCCGCGGGAAGAGGCGACUCGGAUUCAGACACCUUUUAUGGGAAGGAUGUUGAAGGCGCCGCGGGCGGGGUUGGCGGCGCGGGAGAAGCGGAGCGGGCAAAGGGAAUACGAGGCGAGGAGGAGUAUCGGCGGAUCGAACAUAGGGGGAACAGCGGGUUUAUCGACAGCGUAUUUAACGGCAUCAAUGUUCUCGCAGGCAUCGGCAUUCUCUCAACGCCAUACGCCACGGCGCAAGCGGGCUGGCUGGGUCUCCUCGUGCUGCUCUUCUUCGCCGCCGCCUGCUGCUACACCGCCAUCCUGCUGCGCCGAUGCAUGGACUUCCGACCAUCAUCAUCAGCCUCCGCGUUUCCGUCCGAUUCGUCGCUUCGCUCAUUCGCGGACGACCCCGCCGCCUCCGCGCGCGCCUCCGCCUGCGCGUCCCCCCGCAUCGUGCGCGCGCCGCGCCCCAUCCGCUCGUACCCGGACAUCGGGGAGGCGGCGUUCGGGCGCGCGGGGCGGUGGCUUACCGCGUUUCUGCUCUACUUCGAACUGUACGCCGUGACUGUAGAGCUGUUGAUUCUAGAAGGGGACAAUCUGGCGCAUCUGUUCCCAUCCGGCGAUAUUUGUCUGCUUCCGGGGUGCCUGGUUGGAAAGGGGAGCAGUGGAGUGGUGGAGAGCGGUGGAGCGUGGGGGGUGAGUCUGCUGAAGGUGAUGCUGACGUCAUAG